CGAGGACCGAGAGCCAGAGCUGCUGCCAUGGCAACGGAAAGGGCGGGAAACACGGCGGCAGGGGAAACACGGCGGCAGGGGAACCGCGGGGGUUAAUGGGGAAGGCGAGACGGUAGGUGACCUCUCAGCCGGUAUCGGUACCUACCGGGCCUCCCAGUGUAUGGAUCAAAUAUUACACAGGGUGUGUGUUAUAAUAAUGUAUGGAUCAAAUAUUACACAGUGUGUGUGUUAUAAUAAUGUAUGGAUCAAAUAUUACACAGUGUGUGUUAUAAUAAUGUAUGGAUCAAAUAUUACACAGUGUGUGUUAUAAUAAUGUAUGGAUCAAAUAUUACACAGUGUGUGUUAUAAUAAUGUAUGGAUCAAAUAUUACACAGAGUGUGUGUUAUAAUAAUGUAUGGAUCAAAUAUUACACAGUGUGUGUUAUAAUAAUGUAUGGAUCAAAUAUUACACAGUGUGUGUUAUAAUAAUGUAUGGAUCAAAUAUUACACAGUGUGUGUUAUAAUAAUGUAUGGAUCAAAUAUUACACAGUGUGUGUUAUAAUAAUGUAUGGAUCAAAUAUUACACAGUGUGUGUUAUAAUAAUGUAUGGAUCAAAUAUUACACAGUGUGUGCGUUAUAAUAAUGUAUGGAUCAAAUAUUACACAAGGUGUGUGUUAUAAUAAUGUAUGGAUCAAAUAUUACACAGUGUGUGUUAUAAUAAUGUAUGGAUCAAAUAUUACACAGUGUGUGUUAUAAUAAUGUAUGGAUCAAAUAUUACACAGUGUGUGUUAUAAUAAUGUAUGGAUCAAAUAUUACACAGUGUGUGUGUGUUAUAAUAAUGUAUGGAUCAAAUAUUACACAGUGUGUGUGUGUUAUAAUAAUGUAUGGAUCAAAUAUUACACAGUGUGUGUUAUAAUAACGUAUGGAUCAAAUAUUACACAGGGUGGGUGUUAUAAUAAUGUAUGGAUCAAAUAUUACACAGUGUGUGUGUGUUAUAAUAAUGUAUGGAUCAAAUAUUACACAGGGUGUGUGUUAUAAUGUAUGGAUCAAAUAUUACACAGUGUGUGUGUUAUAAUAAUGUAUGGAUCAAAUAUUACACAGUGUGUGUGUUAUAAUAAUGUAUGGAUCAAAUAUUACACAGUGUGUGUGUUAUAAUAAUGUAUGGAUCAAAUAUUACACAGGGUGUGUGUUAUAAUAAUGUAUGGAUCAAAUAUUACACAGUGUGUGUUAUAAUAAUGUAUGGAUCAAAUAUUACACAGUGUGUGUGUGUGUUAUAAUAAUGUAUGGAUCAAAUAUUACACAGUGUGUGUUAUAAUAAUGUAUGGAUCAAAUAUUACACAGGGUCUGUGUGUUAUAAUAAUGUAUGGAUCAAAUAUUACACACUGUCUGUGCGUUAUAAUAAUGUAUGGAUCAAAUAUUACACAGGGUGUGUGUUAUAAUAAUGUAUGGAUCAAAUAUUACACAGUGUGUGUGCGUUAUAAUAAUGUAUGGAUCAAAUAUUACACAGUGUGUGUGCGUUAUAAUAAUGUAUGGAUCAAAUAUUACACAGUGUGUGUGCGUUAUAAUAAUGUAUGGAUCAAAUAUUACACAGUGUGUGUGUGCGUUAUAAUAAUGUAUGGAUCAAAUAUUACACAGUGUGUGUGUGCGUUAUAAUAAUGUAUGGAUCAAAUAUUACACAGUGUGUGUGUGCGUUAUAAUAAUGUAUGGAUCAAAUAUUACACAGUGUGUGUGUGUGCGUUAUAAUAAUGUAUGGAUCAAAUAUUACACACUGUGUGUGUGCGUUAUAAUAAUGUAUGGAUCAAAUAUUACACACUGUGUGUGUGCGUUAUAAUAAUGUAUGGAACAAAUAUUACACAGUGUGUGUGUUAUAAUAAUGGGGCAGGUGAGACGGUAGGUGACCUCUCAGCCGGUAUAGUUACCUACCGGGCCUCCCAGUGUAUGGAUCAAAUAUUACACGGUGUGUGUGUGUGUGUGUGUGUGUGUGUGUUAUAAUAAUGUAUGGAUCAAAUAUUACACAGGGUGUGUGUUAUAAUAAUGUAUGGAUCAAAUAUUACACAGGGUGUGUGUUAAUGUGUGGAUCAAAUAUUACACAGGGUGUUAUAAUAAUGUAUGGAUCAAAUAUUACACAGGGUGUGUGUUAUAAUAAUGUAUGGAUCAAAUAUACAGUGUUGUAAUAAUGUAUGGAUCAAAUAUAGUGUGUGUUGUAAUAAUGAAUGGAUAUUGUGUAUUAUACUGUUAUAAUGUAUGGAUCGAAUAGACCGAAUAUUGUGCAUUAUACUGUGUUUUAAUGUAUGGGUCAAAUAUUGUAUAUUGUACUGUUAUAAUAAUGUAUGGAUCAGGUAUUAUACGGUUAUUAUAACGUAUGGGUCAAAUAGGGAUAUUUACUGAACUGGAACUUGUUUAUCACAUGUACUGUUUAACAGGGGUUCUAAUUAGUAAGAGUUCCUUUUAUAUUAUUUAUUACAAAAUAAUACAGCAUACCAUACACACAUGGAUAUUAAUAAUAAUAAUAAUAUUAUUAUGAUAUUUAUAGUGCACCGUCAAAUUCCGCAGCGCUUAACAAUGGGUGGACGAACAGACAUGUAGUUGUAACCAGACAAGUUGGACACACAGGAACAGAGGGGUUGAGGGCCUGCUCAGUGAGUUUUCAUAUUAGAGGGAGUGGGGUAUAGUGACACAGUAACAGAGGGAUUGAGGGCCCGCUCAGUGAGUUUACAUGUUAGAGGGAGUGGGGUAUAGUGACACAGUAACAGAGGGAUUGAGGGUCUGCUCAGUGAGUUUACAUGUUAGAGGGAGUGGGGUAUAGUGACACAGCAACAGAGGGAUUGAGGCUCUGCUCAGUGAGCUUACAUGUUAGAGGGAGUGGGGUAUAGUGACAGUAACGGAGGGAUUGAGGGCCCUGCUCAGUGAGCUUACAUGUUAGAGGGAGUGGGGUAUAGUGACACAGUAACAGAGGGAUUGAGGGUCCUGCUCAGUGAGUUUACAUGUUAGAGGGAGUGGGGUAUAGUGACACAGUAACAGAGGGAUUGAGGGCCUGCUCAGUGAGUUUACAUGUUAGAGGGAGUGGGGUAUAGUGACAGUAACAGAGGGACUGAGGGCCCUGCUCAGUGAGUUUACAUGUUAGAGGGAGUGGGGUAUAGUGACACAGUAACAGAGGGACUGAGGGCCUGCUCAGUGAGUUUACAUGUUAGAGGGAGUGGGGUAUAGUGACACAGUAACAGAGGGAUUGAGGGCCCUGCUCAGUGAGUUUACAUGUUAGAGGGAGUGGGGUAUAGUGACACAAAAAGGUAAGGAUAGUAUUAGACUAGUGACAGUUGCAGAAGAGGAAUCAGUCAGGAGCUAUUAACAGUUUAAUUGAUACGCUUUUAUGAAGAAGUGAGUUUUUAACGUUUUUUUUUUGUUUUUUUUAAGGAGUGGAGACUGGGUGAGCAUCUAACGGAGGAGGGAACAAUGCAGCCACAGGAACAGUGCAGCCCUCGAGAAAUCUUGAAGGCAAGCAUCAGAGGUGGGAGUACGGAUAGAAGAUAGAUGUCUUCAGCAGAUCGUAAGGGCCUAGACAGGACAUACUUGUGUAUAAGGGAGGAUAGAUAGGUGGGAGCAGCAUUAUGUAGAGAUUUGAAAGCAAGAACCAGAAUUUUAAAUUAAGCUCUAUAUUUUAUAGGAAGGCAAUGUAGGGACUGACAGAAGGGUGAGGCAUGGGAGGUGCGGGCGGACAGGAAGAUGAGCCUCGCGUUAAGUAGGGGCGGAUGUGCCCAAUGUUUUUUAGAUGGAAAUGACAGGAUUUGGCAAUAGAUUGGACAUGAGGCUUGAAGGAGAGGUCGUAGUCAAAUAGAACACCUAGGCAGCGAGCCUGCAUGGUGGAAUUGAUGGUAGCACCGUUGACUUGGAGGGAGACACACAGGAGUAACAACACUUGAGGGAGGAAAGACCAGAAUUUCAGUUUUGGUCAAGUUUAGUUUAAGGAAGUUGGCAGCCAUCCAGUUAGAAACAGCAGAGAGGCAGUCAGAGACACUAGUCAAGAGGAACUGGGUGAGAUCAGGAUAGAACAGGUAGAUUUGCGUGUCUUCUUCAUAGAAAUGAUAUUGGAAGCCAAAGGAGCUAAUGAGUAUACCAAGGGAGGCAGUAUAGAUGGAGAACAGUAAGGGACCAAGGACUGAACCUUGGGGGACACCAACUGAGAGGAGUUGGGGAGAAGAAGCAGAGCCAGAGAAUGAAACACUGAAAGAGCGCUGGGAGAGGUAGGAGGAGCACCAGGAGAGAGCAAUAUCUUGUAGACCGGUAUUGCGGAGGAUGAGAAGAAGCUGUUGAUGAUCAACAGUGUCAAAUGCCGCAGACAGGUCAAGGAGAAUUAGGAUAGAGUAGUGACCACAAGAUUUUGCAGCGAGUAGAUCAUUGGAUACUUUAGUCAGUACCGUUUCCACAGAGUGCUUAGCGCGGAAACCAUACUGAAGCGGGUCUAGCAGAGAGAUGGACUCGAGGAAGUCUGUCAAUCUCGCGUACACAAUUUUUUUUCAAGCAUUUUGGAUGCAAAAGGCAGUAGCGAGAUAGGACGGUAGUUGGAUGGGGAGUUAGGGUCAAGAUCUGGCUUCUUUAGAAUUGGGGUUACAGUUGCAUUUUUGAAGGGCAAUGGAAAUAUACCAGAGGGAGGGGGGAGAGAGAGAAUUUUAGUGCGAGAAAGAGAAGACAGAGUACGGAUGAGAUGCGAGGGAAUUGGAUCUAGGGAGCAGGUGGUGGGGCUGGAGGACUGGAGCAGAGCAGAAACCUCUUCCAAUGUAGCGGGUGCGAAUGAACAUAGAACAGCAGAGGAAGUGAAGUUAGGGGACGUAUUGUAAGGGGAAGAGGAAAGAUGAGAGAUCUCUUCUCUGAUUGUAGAGAUCUUAUUAGUGAAGUGAGUUGCAAAGUCUGAGGCGGUCAAGAUAGUAGGUGGAGGAGGAACAGCAGGGUGAAGAAGAGAGUUAAAUGUGUGAAAUAGUCGUUUGGGUUCGCGGGAGAGUGUGGUUAUGAGGGUAUUGAAGUAAUUAACUUUUGCAGAGAAAAGAGCCAAGCUGUAGGAGCUCAGCAUAAAUUUAUAGUGGAGAAAGUCCGAUGCACAGUGAGACUUUCUCCAACAGCAUUCAGCAGUUCUGGAGCAUUUUUGGAGGUAUCGAGUGAGCUUGGUGUGCCAGGGUUGUUGUUGGGGGGGCCUGCGGCGUUUAAAUAUACAAGGUGCCAUGAUGUCUAGUUGAGAGGAGAGGGUGGAAUUGUAGAAGGAGGUUGCAGAACUAGGACAGGUGAGAUUUGGAGAUUAGUGGAGAAAUGCUCUAGGUCAAGACAUUGGAGGUUUCUGUGAGAGUGAUGUUCAGACGAUGUCAAUUGGGUCUUAGGUAGUGAUGUCCCGCGGACGGCGAACAUAUGCGAUGUUUGGUCCGCCCCCUAAACACAAGUGGGGGGGGGGGGAGGGAACCUAAUGUCCUCACCCCGGCCCCCACCCCUGAGCGGCGGGUGGGGGUCCUAAACAAAAAUAAGGGGGGGAGGACCUAAUGUCCUCCCCCCUGGCUCCCACCCCUGAGUGGCGGGAGGGGGCCCUAAACAAAAAUAGGGGGGGACACCUAAUGUUCUCCCCCCCAGGUGACUAGGGGUCCCCAAACCCCUAGUCACCCCCCCCCAAAAAAAAGUAUCCCCCUACCUAAAUAAUGAGGGGGUACCUUUAAGUACCUGUUUAAAAAAAACAAAAACAAAAAACUUACCAUUCGUUUUCUUUCUUCUAAAAUCUUCUUUUUUUUCAGUCCCAAAAAAGGCCAAAUAAACCAUAAUAACCGACGCAAUUAAAGAAAAGAGAAAAAAAAAAAAUCUUCACCCAUGGAGGGGUCUACAGACUGAGCUCUGCAGGGGGGGGCUUAUAAAGCCUUGUCCCGCCCUGCAAUUAAGCUCAGAGCACUCUGAUUGGUGGGUUUAAGUCAUCCAAUCAGAGUGCUCUGACAAGUAAAUGAAGAGACUGACAGGUAAUCAAUCAGAGUGCUCUGUGUCAUUUUACACAGCGUGGGAAAGUUCUUUGGAAUUAUUACACAGCGUGGGAAAAUUCCAAAGAACUUUCCCUUUUUAGGGCCCCCACCCGCCGCUCAGGGGGGAGGACCUUAGGUCCCCCCUUUUUUUUGGUAUUUAGGGCCCCCACCGCGGUUCGCCGGGUUCACCCGUUUGCGAACUUUUGCGGAGGUUCUCGUUUGCGAACCAAAACUUUUAUGUUCGCGACAUCACUAGUCUUAGGUAUGCCAAUGUCAAGUCAGCAGAUGGUGGUCAGAGGAAAAGGAAUAUUGGAGAGAUUUUAGAGGCAGUACAAAGGUUGGUGAAGGCAAGAUCAAGAGUGUUUCCUGCUGUAUGGGUUGCUAAAUUGGACCAUUGCGUAAGGCCAAAGGAGGAGGUUACAGAGAGCAGACGAGAGGCAUCAGUGCAAUUGGGGUUAUUGAUUGGGAUAUGGAAAUCUCCUAGUAUAAGGGAAGGAGUGCUAGAUGAGAGGAAGUGGGGAAGCCAGGAAGAAAAGUGCUCAAUGAAUAGUCUAGGAUAACCGGUAGGGCGGUAGAUGAUAGCAAUUCUUAAAGGAGUGGGUUUAAAUAGGCGGACAGUGUGAACUUCAAAAGAAAAGGAUAGGGCAGGGGCAGUUAUGAUUGGUUGAAAGGUACAUUGAUGGGAGAGAAGGAUGCCUACGCCGCCUCCUUUACAGUUGAGUCUGUGAGUGUGAGAGAAUUGUAGCCCAUCAAAACAUAAAGAGGCAGGAGUAGCGCUAUCAGAGGGGGACAGCCAGGUCUCUUUAAGUGCAAGCAGUGUGAGUGAGUUUGAGAUGAAAAAGUCGUGUAUGGUUGUUGCAGAUGGAGCGGGCAUUCCAGAGUGCACAAUUAAUUUUGGUAAGUGAGGGUAAAGGGAAGGGUAUUGUGAUUAGGUUUGUGGGGUUUCUGGUUGUCUUAGUGUGUGUAGAGAAGGUGAAGGGCCCUCGAUUGGGAGAGACAUCACCAGCUGCUAGAAGUAGGAGGAGAGAAAGUGACAGGAGGUGUGAAUGGGUUUUGUAUGCAUGGGGUCUAGGAUGAGAUUGAUUGUGGGUUGGAGUGAGAGAGUAGAAAAAUGAGUGUAAGGCAUGAGAUGAGAGAAGGGGGGAGUGUAGCAGAGAAGGGCAUAUGUGGAUGGGGGGGAUGAGUGAAGUGGGUGUAAGGAGAGAUUUUUAUACUGAGGGAGAUUGAGGAAAUAAAGAGGAGGAGAAAACAGAUCAUUGCUAAACUGUGAAAAAUAAAAAUUGGAGAUAAUUGGAAUAUCAAGAGCAGGUGAAUGUGUUUUUUAUGGGUUAAGAAAGUGCAGGAGUGUACUAAUAAGAGGCAGGGGGUUUCACAAUGUUCUAUGUAAUAGAAGGGUUAUAUUCACUAAACAGUGACAUAAUGUAACGGACAGCCAUCUGGCUGCAGAAAUGGCUAAUGUGGUAGCACACUGAUUUGCCGUGUCCAUAGAACACUUUGGGGCACUGCUAAUGCAUGUUUCAAGUACUGCGUGGCUGGCUGUGAUAGGAUUUCACUUCUUCUUUUGCAGACAAUAAUACAGCACUAGCGCUCGCCCUGACAGCAGGUACCAUGUCUUCUGUCCGGUACCUGGCAGCGCUGCAGCGCCCAGCACAUGGCCCAGCGUCAGACCAAGCCCAGGUUAUACGUUGGGAACGCGCAGUCUAUGUGUCUAACGGCACCAGGUUUGUUUCUCUGUAUGACAUGAAGACAAGACGUGUAAUGGUGAGACAUCCGCAGUUCCUACUCUUCCUGUGCCAGGGACAUUGAUAUUUCAUCGAUUCAGGGUGAUUUAAUUAAAGUUUCCAUUGGUAGAAAUUAAAAUAUUUGGCAAAAAUCGCCCUUUGUUGCCUCAAAAAUUUGAAUUUUUUUUCAUUUCCUGACAAUUCACGGUGAAUCACUAAUCCUUUUAUUGCUGUGUUUGGAUUAUGUUUGCAGUUGUUUCUAUGUUUAGCUUAUGUUGGUUUUCUUACCAUUCUAGAAUGUUUUUGUAUAGGCAAUAUAAUCGUCAAAUUGUCUUCGGCAAGACUCUAACAAACAAUUUUUAAUAUUUUCAGUGAAUAUUCAUUCUGUGUUUUUGUGGUAAACAGAAGGCAGUUACAACAUCAAGUUUAAAAAAAAUAAAUAAAAAUCCCUCUCUGUCACUAAUAUUUCAACGCUACUGCUUUUUGGGCCCUAUUGUAGCAUUUUUCCAUGUCUAUUCAUCAUAUUUCACUAAUUAGAAAAUAAGCCGUUAGUUAGCUGAUCAAUUGCUUGACUGUCUUUUGCAAACGUUGCACCAGUCGGUGUGAAAUAUGUUAAGCGUGAGGUAAAUGUGUUUUUGUUUUGUUUGUUUUGGGUUUUUUUUGUUUGUUUGUUUGUUUGUCCGUCCGUCAUGAGCACAUUUUGAUUUAUUAUUCGUUUACAGGCCGUGCAUUUGUUCCCUGCAAAAGUUUGGCAUAUUGAGCUGGUCUUAUCUACAAGGCAGAUUUAUGUCCUCUGUGCCAAAAAUGGAAUAUACUUUAUUGAUUUGGAUGAAGAAGGAAGGUGAGAAUCAGGAUUAUGCCACUUGCCAAAUAAUGAAAGUUCAUUGAUCUGUUUGUUUCUGAGGUCUCCGGCACAUUGUCCAAAUUUCAAAUCCUCCUCUGCCUCCAUUUCCCACAAUACGAAUAGUCCUUAUUCAAACUCUUAAAGCUGAUCGCAGGCACAACCAAAUGUGACAUUUUAACAGCUAGUGGUUGGCCAUCGUGAAGCAGACGCUGAAUCUCCAUUGAAACCAAAUGGGUUGAGCCAUGUGUUCAUAACCACUCUUACAUGUGUUGUUCGAAGUAAAACUCGGGCAGAGCGGUAGGAAGUAUACAUUAGACAUGUGCAGGGAGAAAAUGAGAUUUGUUUAAUUUUUGUUCGUCCGCAUUCUGGAAACUAUUUGUUUGAAACAAAACUGGCAUAGUUAGUUUCCGAAAUUCUGCCGCUUUUAUUCUUGAUUUAAUCAUUUAUUACAUUAUUGUUACCUUCCCUAUUUAUCUCGCCUUUACUCCUAUUGUUUCAACCAGCCGUAUUAAAAUGAAUUGGAUUUGCUACGGAUCCGUAUGAUUUCGUUUCUGUGUUGCACUGAUUUGGAAAUUUGAUUAGUUCUGAAAUAAAUUGCACAUCCUUAUAAUACAUUGCUAUACCUCUCAUGGAGAAAUCAUGGCAGUGAAUAUAAGAUAAUAUAUAAUCAAUAUAUUGCUCUAGCCACUAUCUAAAUAACAUUGUAUUAAAUGUAGACAAUUGAUGUUUUGCUACCUUAAUUGCCAUGGAGAUACCACCGUUGACGUUAGCAAUUCCAUGAUCGGUUCACACACCGUCCUCUCUGAGACCUUCAUUGAGGGAGUGUAUAGGUCCAUGUACAUGCAGCUCUGACAGUAUAUGCCAUUGUUAGCCAUAGAUUAGCCAUGUCUUUACCACAUUUGUAAAUUCAUAUUCUACUAUAUGUGUAACAUGGUUUUGUGAUGUGAUGUAAAAGAGUGAGGUUUUAAAACCCUGCUUUUGGUUUUUGUCUGUUUUGUACGUACAAAUAUAUUUUCUUUUUCGCUAAGGUGCUUGAAGGAACAUGACCAUCCCACAAGUGUAGGAAAUGUGAAAAUCCUCUCUGUAGGCAUGGAAUCCUGCUGCUUGUGUGAUCCCUCCAUUUGUGCAUUCACCGUGGCUCAUGGGAUUGUAGUUACUGCUUCAAAACAUCCAGAAAACUGGGGGAUCAAACUAUUUCACUGCAGUGACAAACCUGCUUCUGUGACUCCAUUUCGAGAGAUGAAAUUCUCAAUUAAACCACCUCCUGGAGCCAUUAAAGAACUGAAAGACUCUGGUGUCCAUCCGCUACUGCAGUGUGUUACUCUCUGGAAAGAGAAUGAAUCGAGUGAUAAUUGUAGUCUUAAAUUACAGCCUUCCCUGUUCACAGCGGUGCUGGGACUUGAUUGCGCUCUGCUUGAGUCUCCAGUGAUUCUCUGUGGUUUCCCAGAUGGACAGGUAGUUUGCUUUCCUUUAAAUGCUGCUGGUCUUCCAAGAUCUGGAAACUCUGGCACACCUCUAGAAUGCGUGAGAGUCCUCUAUCACCUGGAGCAACCUGUUGUCUUCAUUGGAGCCACAAGGCUAGAAUUGCAGAGCAGCGAGAGCGCUCACUCAUCGAUGAGCAAUGGGACCUUGGCCUCGGAUUGCUUAUUAUUCAUUGGCUGUGGAGGCCUAUUAGUGACCUUGACACAGCUGAACAAUACACAAGGGACAACCUGUGAGUUUAGAGAAUACCGUUUGCAAGCCCCUGUCUCCUGUGCUCUCUGCUGUGGCUCCAACGUAUAUUACAGUACGUGUUCCGACCUCCUCUCUGUCACUAUUCCUCCAUUAGCUAAAAUGGACUCUACAAGGACUCAACAUAAUCCCAUAAUGCCUUCUGUUAGCCAUAGUGUAACUAUGGUCGUGGCUAUUGCUCUGACAUCCUGUUCCCCAGAUGGUACGUUAAACACACAGCUUGGUUCUGUCAAACAAUUAUAUUACAUGUUAAAAUCAGCAUAAAAAAUAUAUAUUUACUGCAUAUUUCUACUCUAACCACGCUCUGCUACCUGUAACAAAUGGAUAGGGCACUUCAGUAGCUAAUCAGUCUUAAAAUGACCAAUUUGAGCUGAUCAGCCCCCAGAAUUCCCUGUUAUGAGACAGGAAAUAUCAAAAGUGAUCUAGGAAAUGACAAGGAGGGGGAGUGGGGUCACUUAAAGGAACAUAUCAAUAGAAUUUUUAAAAUUUUUAUUUUUUCCAACGAAAACAUGCAUGCAUUUACUAGUUAAUUUGUUUUGUGUUUCCUUGCAGGUGACGUGGAGCUUGUAGCGGUUUCUAACAGAGGGAAACUUUUGCUUUGUAAACUGAAUCGAAAACAGAGUAAGGCACAGGUUGGGCUGUUGGGUUCCAGAUCAGGCAAGCAGAUCAAAGCCCUCCUCUCAGGGAUAGGUACGGUGUCAGACAGGUGAGAUUGUUUGUAAUGAUAUGUUGUCUUCUGAGGUUGCUGUUCCUGCACUCAGGGUUUGAUUAACUAAGCACAGAUCAGCAACGCAAAUUUGCCAUCAUAAACUUAUUACACUGCAUAACUCUGUCAGUUUGUAUUCUAAUGUAAUUACAUGACCCACCAUUGUGACAUGUUAAAAGAGCUAAACUGGCUACCGCUGGAAUCCAGACGCACCCUUCAUCUUUCCAGCUUUGUGUUUAAGAGCUUUACUGGGAAGCUCCCACUCUACCUGACAGUGGCAUAGACACGAUCUAUGGGGCCCCGGUGCGAAAACUGAUCCGCGGGUGUGUGUCUCCCUACCCCCUUCCUCGGCGUUAAAACCGCACAGGCUGGGGCCGCAAACACGUGGCGGCGGGCACUCAGUCGCUGGGCGGCCGAGUCCCCUAGAGUGACUGGCAGCGGCAACCCCUGUAUGUACGCCACUGUACGUACGUUCAUACAUACAGACACAUAUAUUCAAACAGACUUAUUUUGGCAAUUUAAACUGAAUUUCAUUUUUUAUUUUAUUUUUGGCCACACUGGACAAACAGAAAACAUUGCUGUUUCUGAUCAUUUGGCAAAUGAUUUAGGUAAACUAGAAAAAUGGUCAGAAAUGUGGCAACUGACAUUUAAUGUGGAUAAGUGAAAGAUAAUGCAGCUUGCACAUAAAAACCCAAGGGCAGAGUACAGAAUAUUUGAUAGAGUCCUAACCUCAACAUAUGAGGAAAGGGAUUUAGGGGUGAUUAUUUCUGAUGACUUAAAGGUAGGCAGACAAUGUAAUAGAGCAGCAGGAAAUGCUAGCAGAAUGCUUGGUUGUAUAGGGAGAGGUAUUAGCAGUAGAAAGAGGGAAGUGCUCAUGCCAUUGUACAGAACACUGGUGAGACCUCACUUGGAGUAUUGUACACAGUACUGGAGACCGUAUCUUCAGAAGGAUAUUGAUACCUUAGAGAGGGUUCAGAGAAGGGCUACUAAACUGGUUCAUGGAUUGCGGGAUAAAACUUACCAGGAAAGGUUAAAGGAUCUUAACAUGUAUAGCUUGGAGGAAAGACGAGACAGGGGGGAUAUGAUAGAAACAUUUAAAUAUAUAAAGGGAAUCAACACAGUAAAGGAGGAGACCAUAUUUAAAAGAGGAAAAACUACCACAACAAGAGGACAUAGUCUUACAUUAGAGGGGCAAAGGUUUAACAAUAUCAGGAAGUAUUACUUUACUGAGAGGGUAGUGGAUGCAUGGAAUAGCCUUCCAGCUGAAGUGGUAAAAGUGAAAAACAGUAAAGGAGUUUAAGCAUGCGUGGGAUAGGCAUAAGGCUAUCCUAACUAUAAGAUAAGGCCAGGGACUAAUGAAAGUAUUUAGAAAAUUGGGCAGACUAGAUGGGCCGAAUGGUUCUUAUCUGCCGUCACAUUCUAUGUUUUUACACUUUCGCCUAAAAUUCCAAACUCCUAUUUAUGUGAAUUAAAAUGUUGACAUGAGCUAGCGGCAGCACAGAAUGCAGUGUACAUCGAAGGUCAUUACAGAGCCUCAAAUAGUUGUAUUUCAUGUUAACUUUGAGCUUCAUAAUGGUCUCGGAAAACUCAAAGCAAGACGCAUCCUGUCUAAUCCUAAUCUUUACUUGUCUGUUCGUUUGGCUUCUUAAACUUCAACAUUUUGUUAAAAGUUCACCAUGCUGCCUUGGUUUUUUUUAAACUAUGCUUAAACUUUUGCAAACAUUGCUUUAGAAUUGCGCAAUGCAGGUUAUAAAUCUGAACUGUGAUACAGUAAAGUUGGAGAAUCUGGUUACGAAAUGCGGCCUUGCAUUCCGAGUUCUUUUACUAUUUGAGACAUCCCUUCCUUAGUGACAUUUGUGACCCUGCAUUGCACGUAGUGUAUUGUGCUGACAACUGAUUGUGUAAAGCCAUCUACAUAAAGGGAUAUGGUGUACCGAGCUAAACAUCAACUUCUGUUAAUGCCACUGAAUUUAAAAGAGUAAAACUUAAAUGGCUUGAGAUGCACUAGACAAACACCAGUGUACUGUCGUCUCCUACACAGGACAGAAAUGGCUGCAACACAGAUAAUUUCUAUGAAACGCAGCCAGUCUCUGCUACUUACAGAAACAAAACCUUGCACACAGCUAGUGAUCUAGAUAUGUAGUUCCUUCCUCUUGACCGAUAUUUUUCUAGUUUAUGUUUUUAAGGCCGCCUUCCUCUUUAUCUUACAUCACAGAUAUACCAAAAGUCUUUUUAUUAUUGUAUUUCUUGGUAGUGGAAAUUUGUAAGUUUACUUUAUUUGUAUUAAUUCAGUUUUUUUUUUUUUUUUCUCAAUCAUUCUAUAAUGGAGGCAACUACUUGUCACACAAAGUAGACAACAUAAGUAUUGGAACAUUCGGUUUACAGUUUACUUUACUGUGAUGUAUGGUUACACUUUUUUUUUUUCUGAAGACUGAUAAAAUUUUUUUUUUUUUUUUUUUUUUUUAAUGAGAAAUUAAGUCAUCCUUGAAAUGUGCUUAUAGGGUAGUUUGCUUAGGAGUCAUAGUGACACAGUUACUUUAUUAACCAUGCAGGAUUUUUAUUUCCACCUUCAGGGUUUCAAAACUGAGAUCCAUUCUUGAUCAGAAGACAAGAUGUCUGAUGGCCCUCAACCAGGUGUCUUCACUGAUCCGAUUAAUUCUGACUGCGUCACCAGCGGAAUGUCCCGUACACUGCCAGGUCAAGGUGUCCUGGACCAACAUUGUGGGGACGAACUGUUUUGUUGCGGCCUGUAAAUUAAAGAACAACACAGAUUGCGUAUUGGAGAAAGGAUGGACACUGUGCGUUUCCUUGUGGAGAGAUUCCUGUGACAAUAGGACUUCAUACUCUUUCCCUCUUCCAAAAUUACUACCAGGAGAAUACACGGAACUGUGUUUCCCUCUGUCCAUACAGAGCAGUCGCGAUUUUGAGUUCCCUAUCAAUAUGGCAUGCACAUUAUUUUACAGUUUUAAGGAUAUAUCCACAGAUAAUGAACCUUCUGUUAGCCCUACAGAUUUGUUUAACAUCCACAAACAAGGAAUCUGUGUACCUCUACAGGAUCUCUCCAUCGAUAUUCUGCAGUGCCUUAGGUUAAACCCCCGAGCUGGCCAUCCUUUCUCUCCUGUUACCUCACCCUGGGAUGUAGUUGAAUCAUUUUUAAAGAUGUCAAACAGAAUUAAAAGGAACAUGGGAGAAUUGAGCCAUAUAACUGAGGAUGUUGGUAAUCCGAGAGUUAAUGUCACAGUGUCAUUAAAAGUCACAGUACGUGUGUCUGCCCAUCUGUUCAGCCAAGUCUUACAGAACAGAAAAUCAGGUAACCGUUUUAUUAUUUUUGUAACUUAAUUUUAUUCAUCGUUUCACAUACAAAUUUAAUAGACUCAGCAAGCCUUUAGAUCUAUGAUAUACAUUUUGAAAAUAUCUGCUUUCCUAUGUGGCUUCCACAUCACGUGACUGAGUUUUACUCGGUCAUUGCUGCGGGGGAGUUGCUAGUGGCUAUCCUAUUGAGAGCCCCUACAGGUGGACAUGAACGCAGAAACCUUAGGCACACAGAAUAUCCAAAAGGCAGCCACUACUUGCACGGGACACACCAAUUACGGCUGUUGGCAGGGUGCAGUGUAUAGUGACGACAGUAGUUUGAUACGUUUUAUAACUGCAGCUAUUUGCUACGUGUUUUAGUUGAAAAUCCCUCACUUUUUUUUUUUUUUUUUUUCAUCUGAUCUCCAUGCAGAAAGCUGCUACUGUCUAGCUUGAGAUUCAUUGAUUAUUUCACAUGUAGUUAAGAAGAAAGCAGACAGAAAAAACUAUUUUAUAACCCCCUCUCCCUUCUUUUUAUUUUUACAUUUGGACCCUGGUUAACGACUGCCCCAGGAUAUGGUUACUCUGUAUUUUGCAUUGGUUUUAUUAAGCUGGUUAGUGCUUGCAUCCCUCAUGACAUGUUAUAAGCAGUCCUAGCUGCAGCCUCUCCUCGUUUGAAGUAUGUUUCCCUCCAUUUUUUUUCCCUGUAGGAGAGUCUGUCUGUAGCUCUGUGCUGCGAUGGCUUUUCCCAGACAAGCUAACAAGUGCAGAGAAUAAGGAGGAAGUUCAUGCUGUCACCCCGAGUGGACGAGAGCUUUUUCUACGUGUUCGCGAAGUGAGUUAUCACCAAAUCAAUGGGCUUUGAAACUUUACCAUGCUACAUGCAGCUAGCCUAAAUACCAGAUACAGGGAUGGGAAAUUCACUGUCAACAAGCCUGUGAAAUUGGAAUUCUGCUAGUCUGCAAAUUUCCCCUUUCCUGUAAGGGAGUGAAAGGGUUGCACAGUAGGAUGGCACAUACCAAACAAAUGGCUUGUCCCUUUGCAGAUCUAAUUGGGCUAUACACAAUACUUGCCACGGUGAGAGCAGUCAUCAUUCUAACUUUUAGCUUCCAAAGCAAAUCCAGAGCUUCGAGUUAUGAUACAUAUUUAUGGCAUUUGCAAGCUUUAACAACUGUGAUAAGUUGGGCUGUAAAAGCGUUUCAAACCUCAGAGUUGCAUGUUCUAGUCCCAGCAGGGUCAACUUGGCAUUUCAUCCUGCUGAGUUCAAUAAGAUAAACCACAUUACAUUGGGUUAUUAUUAUCUUGUGUUUACCCGUUGGGAUCAUUUAUUUUAACCCCUUAAGGACGGAGCAAAAUGUACACGUUGUGAAUGAAACAAAAUGUAAACAAAACCUGACAUUUGCGCUACAUGGCUGUCCAACCGUAAUUCACCUCUUUCAUAUUAAAUGCACCCACCCUUAUUAUAUAUCAUUUUAUUCAGGGGAAACAGUGCUUUCAUUUAAUAUCAAAUAUUUAGCUAUGAAACAUAAUUUAAUAUGAAAAAAAUGGGAGAAAAUACGUUUUUUUUGGAUUUUUUUAGUUCUACAUGACAUUUUAACGGUCAAUGUCAUAAUACUGUUUGCUUUUACUGCAAUAAAAUACACAUAUUUGUAUUCAGCAAAGUCUCACGUGUAAAACAGUACCCCCUAUGUACAGGUUUUAUGGCAUUUUGGGAAGUUACAGGGUCAAAUAUAGCGCGUUACAUUUGAAAUUGAAAUUCGCCAGAUUGGUUACGUUGCCCAGGAAUGAAAUUUACACCCAUAAUGGCAUACCAUUUGCAAUAGUAGACAACCCAAGGUAUUGCAAAUGGGGUAUGUCCAGUCUUUUUUAGUAGCCAUUUGGUCACAAACAUUGGCCAAAGUUAGCGUUAGUAUUUGUUUGUGGGUGAAAAAAAAAAUGCAAAAAACGCCAAUUUUGGCCAGUGUUUGUGACUAAGUGGCUACUAUAAAAGACUGGACAUACCCCGUUUGCAAUACCUUGGGUUGUCUAUUAUUGCAAAUGGUAUGCCAUCAUAGGGGUAAUUUUCAUUUUUGGGCUACUAUAGGGUCUCAAAGGCAACGUACCCAAUCUGGCGAAUUUUAAUGUAAAAAAAAAAAAUGAAACACAAGCUUUAUAUUUGACGCUGUAACUUUUGAAAACACCAUAAAACCUGUACAUGAGGGGUACUGUUGUACUUGGGAGACUUCGCUGGACAAAUAUUGUCCGUGUAAGUGCUGUUUGUGCGUGAAAAAUGCAAAAAAACUUAACUUUUACUGGUGAUAUCAUCAUUGUAAUACAUUUUACUGUUUUGAAACACUAAUAUUUGUGUUCAGCGAAGUCUCCCGAGUAGAGCAGUACCCCCCAUGUACAGGUUUUAUGGUGUCUUGGAAAGUUAUAGGGUUAAAUAUAGUGCUAGCAAAUUAAAUUCCCUUUACUUUCGGCAUGGGUUGUCAGGCAGGUCCUGCUAACUGUAAUUAAUUAAGAUACCUAAUUAUGUAAAAAUAUUACAUAAAUAUAUGUAGAAUUAAUAUGUGUGUGUAUAGUGAUAUAUACGUAUAUAUAUUAUCACAAUACAGUUAGAACGAAAUAACACACAUCUAUAUAUUAUUUUUUAACGUAUUUACAUAUUACAUUUUUUAUAUUAUAUAUAAAUAUAUAUAACAAUAAUUUAAUAUAUUUCAUUAGUAUCAGUCUACUAAUUAAGUAUAUUAAAUUGUUAUAUAAUAUUUUUACAUAAUUAGGUAUCUUAAUUAAUUAGUUAUAUAUAUAUAUAUAUAUAUAUAUAUAUAUAUAUAUAUAUAUAUAUAUAUAUAUAUAUAUACACACACACACACACGAUUGUAUUUUUAUAUAUAUAUAUAUAUAAUAUAUAUAUAAUUAGUAAAAUACACCUAGAUAAAUGUGUAUAUAUAUAUAUUGUGAUUAGCAUAUAUAUAUAUAUAUAUAUAUAUAUAUAUAUAUAUAUAUAUAUAUAUAUAUAUAUAUAUAUAUAUAUAUAUAUAUAUAUAUAUAUAUAUAUAUAUAUGUGUGUAUAUGUAUAUAUAUAUUUUUUUUUUUUAACUUUUAUUAAUUUGAUUUCCAGCCAGCAGGGGGACCACUUGUCAUUACAGGCAGCCCCCCUGCUGGCAAUGCAGCAGCCAGCUAUCCCGGCCAUGUGAUUGUGAGGUCCUCGCAAGGAACUCACUCUCACAUGGCCGCGGGGCUGCCAGGGGGUCGGACGUGCUGCGGGGGGGGCUCCCUGGGAGUAGUACGCCCUCUGGUCUUAAGGGGUUAAGUCCAAAGCACACACUAAUGAUAUACUUUAACAUUUAUAUCUUGCAUUAUAAACAUAAAUGACUCCUUUAACCCCUUCCCGACCGCAGACGGAAAUUUUCCGUCAGCCAUGUCCUUCAGUUAAGGACCGUUGACGGAAAAUUUUCGUCAUUUACUAAAGUUAACCCCAGAUCGCAGCGAUCGCGGGGUUAACGGUGCUCUGGUCUGCCUCUGUAUUAGAGGCAGAUCGGGCUGCCCCAGCACCGGUGCUCGCUCUGACAGGCUGUCAGAGCGAGCACAUGUGCUCAGUGUACUUAACUUCCGCCUCCCUGCACUUCCGGGUUCUGUGUGAAGUGCAGGGAGACGGAUCAGAGCUGAUCCUCUUCUCCCUGUGUAAAUAAAAUAAAGUUAAAUCUCACCCCCCCCUUUCCCCUGCUUUAAUAAAAUUAACCCCUUCCCUGCCAAUUGAUCACUGACUACAGUGAUCAAUUGACAGGGUAUACAUUUUAAUGUCGUCUGAUAUUAUUUUUUUUUUAUUUUUUUUUUUUUUCCUCAGGGGUUCAAUUUAUUUUUAUUAAUUUAAAUAUUUAAAAUUUUUAUAUAUUUAGCUAGCUGGGAUGGGUUGACGUUAGUGGGGAAUUGGGGAAUUUGGUGUUAGGCUAACUAGGGGUUAAUGUUAAAAGUUUUAAAAUAAGCUUUAAAAAGGUUUAAAAAAAGUUUUAGUAACGUUUAAAUACCACCCCCUUUACCCAGUCUAAAUAAAAAUUAACCCCUUCCCUGCCAGCUGAUCACUGCCUACAGUGAUCAAAAUACAGAUCACAGUAUUAUACUGUAAUCUAAUUUCUUUUAACCCUUGAGGAUUAACUUUUAUUUAUUUUUUAACCCUCAGGGGUUCAAUUUAUUUAAUUAAUUAAUUUAAAUAUUUUAUAAUUAUAUAUAUUUUGCUAGCUGGAGUGGGUGGGAGUUAUGGGAAAGGGGGAAUUUACUGUUAGUGCUGCUUACUGCUAGUUAGGGGUUAACGGUAAAAGAAAAGUUUAGAAAAAAAUGUAAAAGUGUAAAAAAAGUUAAGAAAGUGUAAAACAUUUAAUAAGUAAAAAAAGUUUAAAAACGGGUUUUACAAAGUAAAAAAAGUUUUACAAAGUAAAAAAACACAUUAAAAAAUGCUCAUUACCACUACACUUGGUACAAGCUAGCGGAAAAAUGAUCCUACGCUAAGGUUCAAAAUAUGCCUUUUGAAUUACCCUGGGAUGUCUUCUUUAAGAAAUGGUAUGCCUUUAUGGUGUAAUUGGAUUAUAUAGCCUUGUAAAAUACUCUAAAAUGGGACAUGGACACAGCGUAAAAAUUCAAAAUUUGAGAAAAAAACUGGAAUGGCUGUGUCUCAAAUGUGCCCCUUCAAUGUCCACAUAUACCUGGCAAAGGUACAUACGGGGGUAUUGCUGUACUCAGCCGACAUAGCUGAGCAACAUAUGAAGUAGUAUACAGUCGUAGUACACAUAAGGUUUGCAAAAUAUACUGCGCAAACUCACUUUGUGUGUCAAAAAGGCAGAAAAAAAUGCUUAUUACCACUACACUUGGUACAAGCUAGCGGAAAAAAUGAUCCCACGCUAAGGUUCAAAAUUUGCCUUUUGAAAUACCCUGGGAUGUGUUCUUUAAGAAAUAGUAGGCCUUUAUGGUGUAGUUGUAAUAUGUAGCCUGCUCAAGUGCUCCAAAGUGGGACACGGACGUAUCAAAACCCUCCAUGGAAAUUCACACUUAAAAACCUUAACUUGUCACGUCUCUUUUACAGCCGUGUAACUUCACAAAAUAGUGUCUAGGUCAUACAUUGGGCAUAUUGUUUUACUCAGAAGACUUAGCUGAGCAUAAUUUGGGGGGUUUGAACUUAGUGGCACAUAUGAAAUGUACAAAAUGCCCAGCAAAAAUGUAAUCCAUAUGUAACACAAAAUAAAACUUUGUACAGGAAUAGCACACACGAACUUUACAAAAUACACAUGAGAAGUUCUUUGUUAUAAGUUUGUGUGCCAAAACACAAAAUUUUACUCCAAUAUUUAGCAGAGAUUGGCGGUGAAAUGGCUACGUAGAAAGUGUCAAAACAACCUUAGGACAAUAGCCUGUGAUGUCUACUUUAUAUAAAUAUAUACUUUUGUGUGACAAUUUUGUUUUCUUUUAUGGCUAUUAAGCUUACAAGACAAACAUACCAAAUUCUAAAAUCGCUCCACAUUAAAAGUUUAUUUAUUUAUUUUUUUUUUUAUUUUUUUUUACUCCUUGUGCUUUGUGACCUGUAACUACCCAUAAAAACUUAAAAUCCCAGACACAUUAUAUAUUCUGUAAAUCAGAACAACUUAAUGAAUUUAUUUUUACUUUCUUUAACCUGCACUAAUUAGGCACACAUUAUUAUUGCAAAAACUGUACAAAAUGUUUGUUUUUUUUUGUUUUUGUUUAAUGUGUGUGUGUAUAUAGUUAUAUUAUGUUACAUCAAAUUAAAGCCCUUUCUGUCCUUUAAAAAAACAGUAUAUAAUAUGUGUCGGUGCAAUAAACGAGAGAGAUGCAAAUUGCAGUUGAACGCAUACAGCAAGAAAAUUGCUUGUCAUUAAGGGUAAGACAAGCUUCUGAAGCUGUGUCCUUAAGGGGUUAACUAUUAAAUAUUUAUGUUUGUGUGUUUUUGUUUUUGUUUUUGCAGGUGUCAGUGGGAGAGUCUUCAACAGCUAUUCCAGCCAUUGAGGUUGAAAUUGGGAGUCCUCAUCUAGACGCUUUGGCCUGUAUGCAUAUGGCCGUGAUCAGCCGCUUCGGGGUAUUUUAAAAGUCCACAGCCUUGCAAAUCUAAUGGUUUAAGAAUAGGGUUCUUCUAACCGUUAAUCAUUUCUUACAGACUCUGGUCCAAAGAAAUAAAAGCAAUGGAUGUCACACCCCUGACUUAAAAUUGAGAAAUAUUCAGCAGCAAUUCCUCGUGAAAGAAGUAGGUGAAUUGCCAAUUCUGGUCUGUCUGUCCAUAUCUUUCUUCUCGAGUAUUCUUUAAAUCCUCAUUUACUGUGGUGUAGUAUAGUUUUCCCUUGUGACAGGUUUGGCUGUUUGUAUAUCAUUUCCCAGAUACGGAUUGGGCUAGUGAAUGAAGGUUUGUUUAGUUUCCCACUACACCCACACCAGUGCCCUUAGGUUAGUAUCUCUAAGCAUGAGAUAAUACACGCAGCAAUAUUGGGAUUCAGUUUGAAACCUUGCUAUUCAGCACCGCUACAACUGUAGUUUAUAAAGUUGUACCAGUAAUUUGGAAAUUAACGUUAAUACGGUUAUCUAGUCUUACGUUUUGGUAUUUCUUCCAAAAGGUCUGCAAGGUGUUUUUUGGUCUUAUUACCUUAUUCCUAAGGUAGUUAAAGGAAAGAAAAGAUAUCUGCAGUUCUGUAGUUUGCUUCACCAAUGUGCUGUUCACUAUAUCACUGCUUUUGCCUGUAAUGGACCACUUCUAGUUCCAAGAUCUUGUUACAUAGGCUGAAAAGAGACAUGGUCCAAAUGAAGGCAAAAAGCCCAAUUUGAAGUACUUAAUUUAGCAAGAAACUAAGAAAAUAAGAUCCUUCUUGACCCCAGAAUGGCAGUCAGAUUUAUCCUUGGAUCAAGAAGCUAUUACCCUACAUUGAAAAAUGAUAUCCUUGAAUAUUAUGUUUUUGCAAGUAUGCAUCUAGUAGCCGUUUGAAUAUCUGUACAGACUCCAAACACUUAAAACUAGUUCUUUAAACUUUUCCAUUGCCGUUGACUAAAUCUCCUUUCUUCCAGUCUAAACGACCUUGUAUCCUAUGUAUAGUCCUGUUUUUUUUGUUUUUGUUUUCCCUGUCCUUUUUGUGUCUCAGGACAUAUUUUUUUUUUAUUGCAUAUAGUAUUUGAUUUUUUUUUUUUCAUUUAGUGAUUUUAAAAGAAGAUUUACAAUUCUCUUUUUAAGUAGAAUUCCAAUCCAGUUAACGUAUUUUCUUUGUAACGAUUUGUAUGUGUUAAUGCUAACAUUGCUUUUCUUGCUGCUCAGUCUUCCUUAAAAGAAGUGCAAGCCACGCGGGACAGACUUUGUGUGCUGAAGGGACUGAACUCUGCUCCAAUUCUGCAGAAGCUCCUGCACAUCUAUAGAGUGUUACGUGACCCAGGACCUCUCAUCUUCUGAUCCAACUAGUUGUAUUCCAUUGUUUUGGAGAAGUUAGAAGCUUCCUGUCUGUGGAUCUAGUAGGAGGUUAGAUGUAGUAAAUGGUGGAUAUGUUUCUAUAGUGACUGUACGUUGUGCAGCCAGAUUUACUAUCAAACACUUUGCUCUAGAGGCAAAUAGAUUUCCGUUCAGUAGGUGCAAACUAAGAUGAAGUUCUGCACUUAUGAGCAAAGUAUGUACAUGUAAAUUUUUGCAAAUGAACCCAAAAGCAUAAGAAAUUCUUACCUUCAUAUUAAGAUUUAUAAUCAUUUUUUGUUGUCUGUGUACAUUUUCCUGCCAUUCAUUUUUGAUGCAUCAGACUUCAAUAGUCUGUUAAAUGUAAAAUAAGAUAUGUCUGUCUUUGUGGUUUCACAUGUUAAAGGAAGCUGUUCCAAUAAAUCUUUCAGACAAAAGGCAUCAUGGUAAUUGUAGUUCAAACUGACAGGUUCUAAGUGUUUGCCACCCCUGUGAUAUACUGAUUUGGACAGAGCACAGAGUCUGUAACAUGGGUCCCCCUGUCUUUUCAGAAUCUCUCCCCUAUGCGAGGCUUUGAUUUGUUGAAUAAUAUUACUUGUUAUUUCAUAAAACAUAUUAAAACUAAAAUCCUUGCAACACAGCAUUAUCUUGUAUAAAACUUAAACAUGUGACAAGUAUCAUGUCAGGCUAUAAUUUC